GCUUGAAAGAGGGCGUUGGAGGGGGCGGGAAGAGAAACAAGCCGCGGCCGAAGUUCUCCUCAGGCCAGCGUGAAGCUGGGAGGAGUCGCGACGGGGAAUGAGGCGUCGCGCGCGCACGAGGGGCGCGGAAGUCGGGUCGAGCGGCGCGUGAGGGGGACGUUGGAGGCCGGAGCUUGACUUCAGGAGAUGGCUGCCUAACCAGGUAACAGAGCCAAGAGUCUCAAAAUGGCUGGGCAGCUCAUAUCGCGUUACUUCCCUGCGGGGCUUCAUACCUUGAAAGCUUCUUUCCAUCCUUCAACGUGCCCUGCUUGCAAACUGUGGACACUUGCACAGAAACUACCAGCGUGGCCCGAAAACCCACAGCCUCCGCUCAGUUUCCCGGGCUUAAGGCCUUUCACCUCAUCCCAAGUGGUUGGCAGAAGCAGAGACUUGAAUGAGAAUCGCCCCGCUGGCUCGUCUGAAACGGUCACAGAAGAGGAAGAUGACACAGAAGAAGGCUUUGGGACGCUGUCUGAAAAGUUCUCUUCCCGGCGCUUUUUCCAAAAAGCGACAACAGACCUUCACGACUUGCAGCUCCAAACGCAGGGGGCAGCAGAGGAGGAAGAGCUGAAACCAAAACCCUGGCGAGGUCGUCGGAACACUCCCUUUUGGUACUUCUUGCGAUGCAAAGCGCUGAUUAAGGAAGAUAAGCUGGCCGAGGCCCUGGACCUGUUUGAGGUGCAGAUGCUGAAGGAAGAGCGUCUCCAGCCGGAGGAGAUGAACUACACGGUCCUGAUCGGCGGCUGCGGCAGGGUGGGCUACGCGAAGAAGGCGUUCAAGCUCUACAAUGACAUGAAGAAGCGAGGCCUGAUCCCAACCGACGCUACCUACACGGCCCUCUUCAACGCCUGCGCACAGUCGCCCUGGAAAGAUUCGGGCCUGCAGAUGGCACUCAAGUUGCAGCAGCAGCUGCAGGGCCGUGGCCUGGAGCUGAACGUCAUCAGCUACCGCGCACUGCUGAAAGUCUGUGCCUUCUGUUCCGAUCUCCGGAUGUGCUUUGAGGUGUUCAAGGAAAUGAUCCAGAAAGGCCAUAGCAUCACCACUGAGACUUUCAACUUUUUGCUCAUGGGGUGCAUAAAAGACAAAGAGAACGGUUUCCGGUACGCCCUGCAGCUGUGGCAGCAGAUGGAAAAGCUGAACGUCAAGCCCGACGGCUACACCUACAACUUGAUGCUGGCUGCGGCCAGAGACUGCAGCUUGGGCGACCCUCUGGUGGCUUCGGAGCUGUUGCUGAGAGCACCGGAGGAGAGCCCGGCCAUGCCAAGGCCGAGGUUCGGUAGACAGUGGCAGAAGGCGAAGGGUCACAGGGGGAAGGAAUCAGGCCCCGGAGCCAGGUCGCAGUUUGAUGUAGAAGUCCUAGAAAGACGCAUGUUUCUGGAGAGUCCCAUAAAACCCGCAGAGCCUUUUGUCUGCCAAGAAACAGGGGCAGGCAAGACUCCCAUAGAGGACGAGACUACCAGCGUUGGUACCAUGCUGGAUUCUGGUACAUCCGAAAACUUGCCAGUCUCGGAUCAAAAGCAGCUAGUUCCGAGUCUCGUAAUGGCAAACGUGGGGCUCUCCAUGGGCACUUGCUCUUCUCCCAACCUGCUGGACUCGUCGAUCCCGAAGGACAGCCUGAUUUCCUUGGGGACCGUGGCCACCCCCUCUGACAGGUUGGCUCUGAUGGGGAACCUGCAGGGCUUCUUGAAGAAGAUGAAGGAGGACGAUGCAGCGGCCAACAUCAAGACGUUCACGCUGCUCGCCGAGCUGGUAGAGCCCGGCAGCCCUGCAGAAUCUUCCCUGUUGGUGGAGAUGGAGGAGCACAACGUGAAACCCGAUCUCACCUUUUUUAAUACCUUGGUGAGGAAGAAGAGCAAACAGAGGGAUCUGGAUGGAGCCAAGAAUCUGCUGCCCAUCCUGGUGAAAAAAGGCCUGUCCCCGGACCUGCACACUUUUUGCAACUUGGCAAUAGCCUGCCACAAACAGAAGGACGGCAUGCAGUUGCUCUCCGACAUGAAGCGAUCUGGGAUCAACCCUAACAUCCACAUCUACGGUGCACUCAUCAAUGCGGCCGUGAAGAGGCUGGACUAUCCGUACCUCAUCGACAUCCUCCGGGACAUGAGGAACACGCAGACGGCCCCAAAUGAAUUUGUCGUGAAGAUGCUGGAGUUUGCAGCUCAGUAUCCGCCAAACUUUGAUCCAUACAAGGAAAGAAACCGCUAUUUGGAAAAAAUCAACAGCUUCAGAAGGUACUACUUCCGCUGGCUGAAGUGGAUGGCUGCAGAGGAAGAGCCCCACCCGUGGGCCAAAUACAGAACGGAGAAGCAGCCCCAAAAGCAAGCCAGCCCCGGAGAAGAAUAAACAACACAGCCGCCAGGUGGAACAACCAGAAGGGCACAAAGGAGCAGCUGCUUGCCUGAGCAGCACCACUGUUGCUACGGAGCACUCUGUGCCAUUUCCUUCACCUCUUGUGCAGCAUUUUUCACAACCCUGACAUUGUGAAAAUUGGUAUCCACAAAGCAUGUAAAUAAAGAAGACUGCAUAUUUA